UUUUUUUUUUUAUACUCAAAAUGACCUCUUCACUGGACAAUUCACCUCUUUAUUCAAUCAUAUCUUUUUUAGUAGUAUGGACAGAUUAUUUUGUUCGUAUUUAUAUUCGUAUCAAAGCUGCUUUUGACGCUGUACUUUAUGUUGCUCGAUCUCCGGUACCCCGACAACGAAGAUCUCUGAAUACAACUCAAUCUGGAAGAAGGUCAUCAUUAUCACCAUCUUCAACACGAUCUUAUUCAAUCUCAUCACUCACAAACCAUUCACAACAGCAUUUACCCAAUGAAGUUCUACAACUUGUAUUCACAAAUUCAACUAAAAAAGAUUUAUUUCAUUGUACUAUGGUAUGUCAAAGGUGGCAUCGUCUUGUGACCCCAAUAUUAUGGAAAGACCCGAUCCUUCCGCCAUCAUUAUCCGAUGUUAUCAAUAGCUAUUCAACUCGUGAAUCAACUCUUUCUGCUCGAUAUCGACGUAAACCUUCAAUAACAAAUUUAAGUUGUCGUGAUGGUUUCAAGAAGGGUCAUCAUCGACAUGUUUCUUCUGGUACCACUCUUCCUAUGGUGAUUCUUUCUCUUCGAACCCCAAAAUAUGGCCAUGCUAUUCAUUCAUUACGCUUGACAUCCCUAUCUGAUCAUCUGACUGAUGACCUCCUGCUUUUUAUCACCAAGCAUUGCCCCAAUCUGAUCUCUUUGGACCUUUCUUAUGCUCAACAUAUUACUUCAACUGGAUUUCAACAUCUGGCUCGAUCACAGUGUGCAACUUCUCUUAAUCAACUGAUAUUAUCUUUUUGCCCUCACCUGACUGAUGCUACUUUGAUUUCUUUGUCUAUGCGAUGUGAUUCUUUGGAAACUCUUCAACUGGUAGGUUGUCAUCGAAUCACUCAAACUGGUGUACGUUCAUUGGUGGCAGCAUCUCGACAAUCUCUACAAUAUAUCAAUAUGAAGGAUUGUAUUAGGGUAUCUGGUCGUAUUUUACAAGAUCUAGCAAUAUUAUGUGGUCCUCGAUUAUUAGGUGUGGAUGCUACUAGGAUAUGCUCAAUUCUGCACUCUGAUAUCAAGGUAUUAGUUCAACAUUGUCCUCGCCUGGAACAACUUUAUGUAGGUAGAAACAAAUCGCAAUUAGUCUGCCAAUUACAACAACGUAUACGAGAUGAACAACAGCAAGAACCAUGGGUUAUGCCAUUUUCUUCUACAUCUUCCUCUAGCAAUUACAGAACAAAGAAAAUCAAUACACAUAGUCGAUCAUCUUCUUCAUCGUCAUCAGCAUCAUCAGUAUCAUCAAUAUCAUCAGUAUCCUCAACAUUAUCCUUAUCAUCGUCACCAUCAAUAUCAUCAUCAUCAUCAGGACCAAAACCAUUUUCAAGCUCUCUUUCUGCUUCUCUUCUUCAACAACGGCAGUUAUCACGAUCUACUUCUACAUAUACCAAACCAAAUGCUUUGGAUUCUCUUCUUGAUAUGCUUCGACAGUACAAUGUGAACCCAACGGAACCAACCUCAGAAUCAACUCCUCAACAACAACAACAACAACAACGCGUUCACAGGUCUCGUCAUCUUAGUCAGCCUAUUUGGCAAUAUAACCAUAACAACAGCAGUUAUACCAUCAACAGUGUUCGACAUCAUCAAGAACCUUUACCAAUACAACAUGACACAGAUGAAGUUUCUCAACAUACAGUGGAAUUGAUGAUGAAGCAUCUACCUCGAUUGAAAGCAGUGGAUUUUUCCCAUUGGACUUGUUUAACGGAACAGCUCAUCCGAAGGUUGCGCCAACAGCAAGGUCAUGCGAUUCAAUAUAUUGGUUUAGAAGGUUGCUUACCUGUUACUCAAACUGGAAUGUGUGAUGGAUAUUAGUUAGUAUAUAUUAGAUUAGGAUUUUUUUUUUUAUUUUUAUUGCUUAUACUAUUAUUAUCAUUAUUAUUAUUGUUAUUAUUCUUUAUUCUUCUGUUUAUAUGAUAGUUAAGGAAAAUAAACUUGGAGGAU